AUGGCGGCCUUGGCGCGGGAGGAUGGCGCUCGAGGCCCAGAGCGAGGACAGCGGGGCUGCGAACAUUAUGACAGAGGAUGUCUCCUGAAGGCACCUUGCUGUGACAAGUUGUAUACUUGCCGGUUGUGUCAUGAUAACAAGGAAGAUCAUCAGCUAGAUCGCUUUAAAGUAAAGGAAGUACAAUGCAUAAAUUGUGAAAAAAUUCAAAAUGCCCAACAGACUUGUGAAGAGUGUAGCACAUUGUUUGGAGAAUAUUAUUGCAGUAUAUGCCAUCUGUUUGACAAAGACAAGAAGCAGUAUCAUUGUGAAAACUGUGGAAUUUGUAGGAUUGGUCCAAAGGAAGAUUUUUUCCACUGUUUGAAAUGUAAUUUAUGCCUAGCUAUGAAUCUCCAAGGAAAGCACAAGUGUAUUGAAAAUGUUUCCCGGCAGAAUUGUCCAAUAUGUUUGGAGGACAUUCACACAUCUCGAGUUGUUGCCCAUGUCUUGCCAUGUGGACAUCUUUUACAUAGAACAUGUUAUGAAGAAAUGUUGAAAGAAGGCUACAGAUGUCCAUUAUGUAUGCACUCUGCUUUAGAUAUGACGAGGUACUGGAGACAGUUGGAUGAUGAAGUAGCACAGACUCCUAUGCCAUCUGAAUAUCAGAAUAUGACUGUAGAUAUUCUCUGCAAUGAUUGCAAUGGAAGAUCUACAGUCCAGUUCCAUAUAUUAGGCAUGAAAUGUAAUAUUUGUGAAUCCUACAAUACUGCUCAGGCUGGAGGUUGUAGAAUUUCACUAGAUCAGCAGUGA